AUGUAUACAGUAUGUAUAUCCCAGCUCCCCUGUACUCCAUUAUAGUGAUGUGACAUGUAUACAGUAAUGUAUAUCCCAGCUCCCCUGUACUCCAUUAUAGUGAUGUGACAUGUAUACAGUAAUCGGUGGAGAGCAGACCUCUCCUGCACCUGUCCCCUCGGCGGCGGUACCGCAGAAGCCGAAAACCAGAAGUUGUAAACCAGAACUCGGCUUCACAAUGAGGCUUGGAGCACAGGUGCACCGCUUGCCACAGAGGAAUGUCUCCUCGCAUUUGGCGAGCGGCCCGAGCGGCCUUUUCAAGCCCUGGGUU